CCCAACUUUACGCCACCUAUCGUCGUGACGCGUCAAGGAAAAGUAUUGAUUUUCAAAUUUAAAUAGGUAUGAUUCAGCUACAGCUGAUAUUCAGACCGUAAACAUGAGUUAAUGAAUCCGUAUUAAAGUAACUACGCGGAAUUACAACUUUUCUUCAGCCAAAUAUAAAUUUUCGGUAAUUUAUUUAAAUACAACCAGAAGUUAAAGGUUUUGCUGUAAAAUGUUACCGGAAUCUGAAGAUUUUAGCAUAAAUUUUUAUGAAGCAUUUAAGGUUCUACCGGAUAAUAUAAAAAAAGGCUUGGAGUGGAAAAAAGUAAAAAAGAAGAUAACAAAAAUGAAUUUCAAGCAAAAGAAAAACGAUUUUCUAUACGAAAAUCAGUGCCAAAACCCACCUGAGAUAGAAAUACCUUCAAACCCAUCAGCUUUUGCUGUGUUUGCAUCUAUCCGAUUGGCAGUUUUAGAUCGCUGGAUGAGACAGGCCAGUUCCGAGUACCUACUGAGCAGUUGUAGUUAUUCCCUUAAUGAUCAAAGUGAAAUUGACAGUGAUACAGAAGAUAACACACAGAGCAGCCUUUUUAUGGCUUUGAGAAUAUCAAAAGUAGUUGGUUUGGGUUUACGAUCAGUGUUUGAGCUAAUAAAGGAGAGCCGGAUAUCACAUCCAGUGCUAUGCACAAAGGCUUUAUCCGCCCUAUUGGAUGUUUUACAAGGACAAAUACCAGAAGGUUUAAAAUCCGAACCUUUGGAUAUAAUUGAUUCGUUAUUUGAACUUCUUUUGGAUCUUACCACACUGCAUGGUCCCGAAAGUUCAGUGCCCAACGAUGGUACUCACUUGACAGCCAUUGCCUGCGCUUGUCUUUUAUCUUUGGUGGUGGUCAGGGGUGAUACCGGAAAAUGUUUAUCUGCAGCUGCAGCUUUGCUUAUGUGUCCCAGGGCACUUGCAAUACAGAAUAUUCAGGUAUAAUAGUAAAAUUGUGCUUGAAUUGAUG